AUUCCAAAGAAUUAUGUUUGUGGUUCAUGUUGCUAAAUUAUUGCCACUCAUAACCAAGACCAUAACGAUAUCCCAAUCUUUAACUCUUUUUUCUCACUAACAAAUUCCCACUUCUCCUUCAUCACUAUCUUGUCCACUUCUUGCACACAUAGUAAUAAUCAACUUAAUAAAACCAGAAAGAAAUACUCUUUCUCUAUGUUAAGUGCUCAAAGACCUACCACCAGCACCUCCACAAGCCAUGGAGAAACCGAUCACGACCAAGAACAUGAAGAUAUCCGCGAUAUCCAUGCCUUAACCCCACCCCCGCCGCCUUCGGUGCCUCGAGGCCGUUGGGAAACGGGUAGCCAUCGCUCAAUAUCCAUGAGUAGUGAAGGGGCUGCAAGUGAGAACUUCACCUCCAUGAGUAGAGAGUUCAAUGCUUUGGUUCUUGCUGGUUCUGCAAUAGGAACUAGCAUGAACAACAACAAUAGCGGUUCUGAUCAUAAUGAAGAUAGUAACUUAAACAACCUGUUGGCUAGGAUUGGAGAAGAUGAAGUUCCUGAAGAGACUAACCCUUUGGCUAUUGUGCCUGAUACUCGCCCCUUGGACCCAGAACCCAGCUCAAGCUCAAGAAGGGUUGGGUCCAAUCAGGUGGUUGCUGUUGGUGGUGGUGGUGCUGAUGUGUCAGUGCAGAGAGUGAAGAAAGAAGAGAUAGAAACCAAGAUAUCUGCAUGGCAAAACGCAAAGAUUGCUAAGAUCAAUAAUAGGUUCAAAAGAGAGGAUGCCAUAAUUAAUGGCUGGGAAAGUGAGCAAGUGCAAAAGGCUUCUUCUUGGAUGAAGAAAGUUGAGAGGAAGCUGGAAGAGAAAAGAGCAAGAGCACUAGAGAAGAUGCAGAAUGAAGUAGCAAAAGCACACAAGAAAGCAGAGGAUAGAAGGGCAUCAGCUGAGGCUAAAAGAGGAACAAAAGUUGCUAGAGUUCUUGAAAUAGCCAAUUUGAUGAGAGCUGUUGGAAGAGCUCCUGCUAAAAGGUCCUUCUUUUGAACCUUAUAGUACUAUACAGUAUAAUCUACUAUAAUCAUAUAGAACAUAUUUUACUUAAAAAGACAAAAAAAAAAAAAAAAAAAAAAAAAAAAA